AUGGAAUCUCAUCAAGAACACUUGCAGUUAACCUUGAAGACACUCAAGGAGAAUCAGCUAUUUGCAAAUCUCAACAAGUACUCAUUUGGACAAGGUAAAUUGGAAUGUCUAGGACACAUCAUAUCUGGUGAAUGGGUAGUUGCAGACCCAUCUAAGAUAGAGUGCAUGACAAGAUGGCAUGUUCCUGCAACUAUUAAAGACUUAAGAGGGUUCUUAGGUCUGACGGGGUAUUAUACAAAAUUUGUAAGGAAUAAUGGAUUUAUUGCAAGACCAUUGACAGAGUUGUUGAAGAAAAUUAGAUUUGAAUGGAGCACCACAACACAAGAGGCUUUUUAUAAGUUAAAGAGGGCAGGCAGUCACAACUACACCUGUCUUGGUGUGGGAGCAGUACUAAUGCAAGAAGGAAGGGUAAUAACUUUUUUCAGCAAAGGAAUGGGGCCAAGGUUCCUAGCCAUGUCUACUUAUGAGAAGGAACUAAUGGAAGUAGUGAUGGCACCCCUACCAAUUCCUGAACAGGCUUGGGAGCAUAUAAGCAUGGAUUUCAUCUUAGGACUUCCAAAGUCAAAAGGAAGAGAAGUUAUCUUAGUGAUAGUGGACAAAUUCACUAAGUUCAGACAUUUCAUAGCUCUGAUUCAUCCUUACACUGCAGCUUCAGUUGCCAAGGUAUUUAUUGACACUGUGUUCAAACUCUACGGACUUCCUAAAUCCAUAGUUUCAGAUAGAUAUGUUGUGUUCGUAAGAAAUUUCUGGCAAGCCUUGUUCAGUAGGCUAGGGACAUCUCUGCAUUUGAGUUCUGCAUAUCACCCUCAGACUGAUGGACAGACUGAGAGGGUGAAUGAUUGUUUAGAAACUUACCUAAGGUGUAUGACCAACUUCAAGCCUAGCAAGUGGGUGACUUGGUUGCCCAUGGCAAAAUGGUGGUAUAACACCAGUUACCACACAAUUCUAAAACUCUCCCCAUUUGAAGCGUUGUUUGGAUAUGCACCCCCACAGUUUGGUAUUUCUUCUGGUGCACAAGGUGUUAGCUCUGCAGUGGAUAAUUAUAUUGAGCACAGACAAGCCAUGAAGUUGUACUCAAGGAGUCUCUUGAAGAAGCUCAACACAUGA